GUGAAACUACAAGAACCUUGAAGAGGAGAUAUCAAUUGUUAGUAGGAAAUAAAAAGGUGACUGCUGAAAGUAAUGAUUAUGAAGAAUCGAGCGUAUUACGAUUGAACACUGAAGGGCGUCCGCAACCACCUCCAAAAUUUAAGGAAGUAAUUGACUAGAAAGAUUUUGAUGAAGUAAACUUCAAAAGAGAUGUUAGACAAGCACCAUGCCUCAAUUGUAACAUUUUUGAAGUAAAUGCUAAUUUGUGGAUGACUAAGCAGUUAUAUUCAGAGAUAGCAAAGAAAAACCUACCAAAGGGAACAGUAAAAGAAGUUCAAGAGCUCUUCCUUGGAUGAAUAGCUGUAUCAGAGAACUCAUUAACCAGCGCUAUAAAUAACUAUUAAAGUUGAACAGAACACAAGAUCAACAUGAUAGAAAUGAGCACAAGAAACUGAGAAAUAAGGUAAGCAGAGAGCUCAAGACUGCAGAAGCAAAUUUAGAAAAAGGAAAAGGAAAUUAGAAGAAAUCUCACAAGGAAGCUCAGAUUUCUGGAAGACAAUAAGAACAGUCACAAAACUGAGAAAUUAAAACUGAAGAGGAUAGGUCCCAUAAAAAUGAAUCCGGGAUAUUAGUGUUUGAUGACAAAUAGAAAGCAGGAACAAUGAAUGAGUUUAUUGCUACUGUAUGUAAAAACCUAGCAUCAAAUCUAAUGCCUGUUUAUUUACAGAGUCACGCUAACGAUAAAUCAACUGAAGAUAACGAAUGGCAUGUUAACAGAAAAGAUGAUUCAACUGAACCCCAUGAAAGUCAGUGAACCUGAUGAGAUAACAAUAAAAGAGUUCAAGAUUGCUGCACAAGAACUUAGUUGUAGUAUAGCAAAUAUAUGUAGCAAAUAUAGCAAAUAUCAGUUGCAUUUUUUAUGCAGCAGGGUAGCUUCCCCACAAUGAUUUUUGAUGGCAUUGAGGGAAGCUUUGAUACCCUCAUCCUGUGAAAUGCUAAUCAAGAGUGCGUUGCAAGAAAUGAGCGCAUGCAGUUCGAGUCGAGGGUUUCCUCACUCCCCAAGCUUAGGCAAAUACGUCGGUGAUCGGUGAACUUGUGAACACGCUGAGCAAGGACCUAAGCGGGAAAAAUUUCCCCUAAAGAAGUGUUUUAGGUUUACGGGAACUAAGGGCCAGUUCCCAGCUUUUCCAAUUUUUUCUCCAGGGCAAAAUAUUUUCUUCAGGGCAAAUAUGCAGCCAUCCCCGUCAAUAAAAAGUAUGAAGUGAGGCCCCUGAGUAGGUGUACUUUUGUGGAUUUUAUCAAGGCAUUUGAUUCUGUAGACCAGGACAUACAGGAGAAAAGGAUCGUAGCAGGGAUAACAGGAGGAUUGUACAAUUUAAUUGAUAGCUACUUAGAUGGAAGAAAGGCAUAUGUAGAAAACAAUGAUGUAACCUCAAAAAUGAGUGCAGUAGAGUUUGUUGUCCCACAAGUGUCGUUAUUGGGCCCUAGAUUAUUCGCUAUCUACAUAAAUUAUAUAGCUGAUAGUGUCAACAAUGGGGAAGUGCAUUUGUAUGCAGAUGACAUCACUGCAUACAUCAUACCAAAAUCAGUAGUUGAUUGUGCAAACAAGCUGAAUCUGCUGGCAAGACAAAAAACAAAUUGUGCCAAGAAAAUAAGAUUACCAUUAAUAGAAAGAAAGCUGAAGCAAUGAUAAUCAACAGAAAGAGGUUUACGGGGCCCCUAUUACCAAUAUCUAUUAGAAAUAAUAUAAUUGAAUAUAAGAGUGUAUUUUGACAACAAACUAAACUAGGACACACACAUAGAUAAGAUGUAUAAGCAAUUCUCACAAAAGUUGUCCAUGUUGAAAAAAGUCGAAUUCCUGCCAAGAAAAGUGUUGGAGGACAUUCAUUUUAAAACUGAAAUACCAAUAUACACAUAUGCAAUGACUGUAUGGGGCAUUGGCACAAGCAGCAAAUUCCAGAAAGUUGAGAUUCACCAUAUAAGAGCACCAAAUUGAUAAAGAACAUUCCCAGAACGGUUGAUUCAAACAAUAUUCUAGAGAUGGCUAGCUGGAACAACUUCGGUUAUACGAAGGUCAUAAAAGGAGAAGGAGAAGAUGCAUUAAAAGAGAAAUUGCAAAAGCCGGACAACUUUGCCCUCUUGAUAAUCUUAUUGACUUACUUUGUCAUGUAUAUGGUAUUUUCAUCAAUAGAAACGUUCACUGCUCCACUAAUGAAAAGUGAGCUGGCGCUUACGAAGUCAGAAGCUGUUUUCUAUGCUGGCCUGUUGCUGUCUUCCGUUGGACCAAUUGCACUUUUUUCGCUAUCUUUAAUAAGAUGCACUUCAAACCGGCUUGCCGAGAGAAGCAUAAUGUUGCUAGGGUGCACAAUUUCAUUGCUAGGGUUUAUCAUAUUUUUACCCUGGGGAAACACACAUCCAACUCUACAAACAACAGAACAAACAAAACUUGGGAAUGUGAUGAAAACAAUAUGGAAAGCAGGGUGUCCGCCAAAGUUCCAGUGGUGCAAAAAUGCCCCUAAAAUACACCUCGCGCAAUUCGUAGUUGCAGAAUUGAUAAUUAUUGUUGGCUUCACGUUGUCAUUUCUAAUAAUAAAUGGGUUGUAUUCGAAAGUUAUUGGCCCAAGAAAGCAGGUAUGACUUAACAAAUCUUUGUAAUACCACCAUAUUAUAAAGCGAACUUAAUAAAAUAGAAUAUUGA